AUUACAGAUAAAUCUUGAGGAACCUCAAAUGAAUAUGCUUGAGGAACUUCCUAAAGCUAUCUCAAGUAUUUUUCAGCUUGAGCAAGAAGAUAUGCUAGAGUGGGGAGUCUCAGAAGCAGGAAGCACAGUAUGUAAAUCUCAGGAAACUCUGGAAGUUCGGCCAGCAGAUGAAUCAAGUAAAUCUUUGAAAGACGAACAGCUCACAGGUGAUUCCAGAGCAGCCAAACAGGCAUCUUUAAAGGUGAAAUCAUCAGAAUUUUUGCAAAUUAGAGGAAAAGAAGUUAAGCGAACACAAAAAAGUAAAUUAGGAAUUCCACAACAGAGACAAGGAAGGUGUUCAAAACCCUCGUGGGAUCAAAAACUACCGAAAAAAAAAAUUCUGCAAGACUACCACUUUCCAACCCUUCAUGAUCUGUGCACCACUGUCCCAGCCCAGGAGCUGCCUGUUAACUUGCACUUGGCUUCUCGAGUGUACCAUACAGCUGACAAGAAAGGUCACAAUACUUUGCUUACGAUAUUGGGAACCUCUUUCUUAGAUAAUCACUUAACAGAUGAAGAGCGAAGAGACAGAAUACUGCAAGGAAUUCCUGUUGUGGAUCACAAUCAAGACUAUGUUCCAGUCCUCCCACUACCACCAGUGGUAUUACCUCAGCUGACACAAGGAACUAGGCAACUUGCUCCCAAACCAUACCUACAACUCUUGGGAGAAGAAGUGUCUGCUUAUCCAGGAUGUACGAAGUUGUUUUGGAGUCUAACUUCACCCAAAUUCUCUGCCCCAGUAUCUGUUAUGAAGGAAACUCUAUAUCCAGAAUACGAGAGUAUUCAAACAAGCAGAAUUUUAACUGAGAGAUUUUCAGCUGAAAGCAAGGAAAGUGUCGUUAUUUUAAAUCAGCAUAGCAGAAAUUUCUGGACUUGUACUUUGCCUAGAAAAUCUGCAUCCUUUGAAAAUAUUCAAAAAUGUUUCAGUACACCAUUGCCACAAUUAAAGAGAGUAAAAUCUGCAGUUGAAUUGAAGAAGGAGGAGGAGGUCACAACGCCAAUAGAGAUUAAGGAUGACAUGCAAAGCAAUAUAAAAGACAUUGUAUUUCAGAAAGCAAAGCAGUUGGAAGAUUGGACGGCUCAGCAAAAUCAAACUGAAGAACCCCCUGAGAAAGAAAAUAUAGAUACCAUCUUAGAUAACAUUCAAGACAGAAGCAGUUUGAGAGAUCUGUCUCUCUCUCUCAUUGAAGCAUCUAAAAAAGCUGGCAUUAGUUACAUCGUUUAUCCCAAGAAAAAGAAGACGAGACUGAAGAAAAGAUUGAAGCACAGUAAACUUACAGCUGUGUAUGAUGAAUUAUCCAAGCCUCCAAAAGUGCUUAAAAGAUCAACAUCUCACGGAAUCCUUCCUGGACAGAAGAAAUAUUUACUCAAAGUUCCAUUAUAUGAACGUAAACUUCCUUGUCCCAGUCUACCUAUGUGUUUAAAUUUUGACGAAUUUGUCCAAAGUAAGGGAGGAGUUCCAGAAAAUUGUGACCCUCGAAUGUGGGCUCUUGAUAUGUUCUCUCAUCAUAAAAAUCAGAAGACGACCACAAAAAAGAAAGUUGUUAAAAUAUCUAUCCAGAAAGCCUCAUCUGAAAGAAUAAAAGAACCGCCAAAAAUAGAAUUGAGUGAUUCUUUGAAGUCUAGUCUUUCUCCAGAAGUUAUUAAACAUUACGAAUCCGAAGUGGAGAUCCUGACUAAAGAAAUAAAUGCUAAGAAAAAAUACCCUGCAUUUGCAUAUUGUAGGCGUGGAGCUAUUUAUAGGAAACUAGGAAAGUUACAGAGUGCUAUGAAAGAUCUGCAGGAAGCUAUAUUAUUGGAGCCAUUGUUUCUCAAUGCCUACUGGCACCGACAUUUCAUUUAUCUUUUUCAAGACAAAAUUAAUGAAGCUUUGGAUGAUUUGAAUUACAUAAAUAAAUACAAUAAAAAUAAUGGAGAGGCAUAUUUGUCAAAGGCAGAAAUUUUCAGGAGAAGAAACAACAUUACUUUAGCAAUUCUAAACUAUACCCAGGCAAUUAAAUGCAAGCCCACAGAUGCCGAUAUAUAUUUCAGGAGGGGUGAGAUGCAUGAAAUAGGAAACAAAGUACUGGCCAUUGAUGACUUCUCUAGAUGUAUUUUUUAUGAUCCCAAAAGAACAGAUGCGUUAUUAAAACGUGGGAUGUUUUACUAUGAAAAUGAAAACUGGAUUUCAGCCAUACAAGAUUUUACAGCUCUAUUAAAUAUAGAUCCCCAAAAUUCUCAAGCCAGGACAUACAGAGGAAGAGCAUAUUUUAAACGGCAAUAUUAUAAACAAGCAACUCAAGAUUUUUCUGUAGCAAUUCACUUAGAUCCUAAUAACUGGUUAGCUUUGUAUUACAGAGCCUGCUUAUUUAGAAAGAGUAGCCCCCUUAGAGCACUGCAGGAUUAUAGUGUUUCAGCUCUCAUAAACGAUGGCUAUGAGAAUCUUGGUUGUUUUCUACAUCGGGGCAUACUCUAUGCAGAACUAAAACUUUGGUUGCUGGCAAUCUGUGACUUUGAAACUGUUAUUUCUCUAGAAAGAACCCUUAUUUUGGCUUACAUAAAUAUCGGCCUCAUACAUCUGCUAUACUUGGAUAACUACUUUGAAGCCACUUUGCAUUUUUCUGAGGCUAUUAGACUUGAUCCUUUAUAUAUUCAAAGCUAUAUUUGUCAAGCAGAAACCUAUCAGAAGUUACAUAAACCGAAAGAGGCAGUAAGAGAGUUAUCGCGGGCUAUCCACCUUCAGCCAGAUGGAAUCCAAUUAUAUAUAAUAAGAGGACAAUAUCUUCUUAUGAUGAAAUGUUAUGAUCUUGCAAAGUUUACUAUUUAUCAAGUAGCAGAAAUGAACAAAGGUCUCAUUGAGUUGAGUCCUAUACAGCAAGCACUCAUUUAUUCAUUUUGUGAAAACCAUGACAAGGCCAUCCAGGUCUUGGAUAGAGUCACUUUGAAUAGGCCUGAGCUCACCAUGUAUAUUCUACUAGCAAAAGCCCAAAUGAAGGCCAAGAGAAACAAGGAAGCUGUGAGAAUGUUUAAAAAGGCGUUGGACAUCUUUUCUCAUUCUGAUAAAGGACCAAAUGCGGUAGCAGCUUCAGCAGACUGUCUGUAUAACUUGGGUCUUUGUUACAUGGAAGAAGGCAACAUACAAAUGGCUUUUGAUUGUUUUACAAAAGCUGUGAAAGCAAAUCCUGAUUUUGCAGAAGGCUUUUAUCAACGUGGGCUUUGUAAAGUAAAACUCCACAAGGAUAGCUCGGUCCUGGAUUUUAAUCGUGCAAUUACCCUCAAUCCAAAACAUUACCAGGCAUACUUAAGCCGAGUAGCCUUUUAUGGUUUGAAAGGCAGAUACUCCAAAGCAAUCUUGAAUUGUAAUGAGGCCAUCAAAAUUUAUCCUCAGAGUGUGCGUGCCUAUAUCUACAGAGGAGUUCUGAAAUACUACAACAAGACUUAUAAGCUAGCAAUUACAGAUUUAACUACAGCUAUCAAUAUGGACAAAAACAGUUAUGUAGCAUUUUAUAACAGAGCAUUAUGCUACACCAAGAUAAACGAACUUCAAAUGGCAUUAAUAGAUUAUGGAAUUGUGCUUCUUCUUGAUGCUGGAGAAACUGUGACUUUAAAUACUUUCAUUAAUCGUGGACUCAUCUACGUAGAGUUACAGCAGUAUAGUUUCGCAUUGGAGGAUUUUAAACAAGCUGCACUGAUAAGCAAGACUAAUGUGAGCCUUUGUCAAGCAACUGCCAUGUGCUAUCACAGAAAUAAAGAGUUUGAAGAAGCUGUUGAUUUCUUCACUUGGGCUCUUAAAAUUAAUCCAUGUUUUCUGGAUGCUUAUGUUGGACGGGGAAAUACUUACAUGGAAUAUGAUCAUGAGAAAGCCACCAAACAAGCACAGAAGGACUUUCUGAAAGCAUUGCACAUUAAUCCAACAUAUAUAAAAGCCAGAAUUAGCCUGGGUUAUAAUUUGCAGGCCCAAGGAAAAUUCCAGAAAGCUUGGAAUCACUUUACCAUUGCCAUAGAAGUUGAUCCAAAAUGCUAUUUAGCCUAUGAAGGAAGAGCCGUGGUCUGUCUUCAGAUGGGUGAUAAUUUUGCUGCAAUUCAAGACAUUAAUGCUGCCAUAAAGAUCAAUACAACAGCAGAAUUCUUAACAAAUCGUGGUGUGAUUCACGAGUUUAUGGGUCAAAAACAGAAUGCAAUGAGAGACUAUCAAGCAGCAAUUUCUCUAAACCCCACAUAUUCACUGGCUUACUUUAAUGCAGGAAAUAUCUAUUUUCACCACAGGCAGUUUUCCCAGGCCAGUGACUACUUCUCAAAAGCUUUAAGGUUUGAUCCAGAAAAUGAAUAUGCUACCAUGAAUCGAGCUAUUGCAAAUACAAUAUUAGAGAGAUACAAAGAAGCCAAAGAAGAUUUUGCACAUGUGGUUGAAAGCUGUCCCUUCUGGGCCGCAGUAUAUUUUAAUAGAGCACACUUCUACUGUUGUUUAAAGCAAUACGAACUAGCUGAGGAAGACCUAAGUCAAGCCCUGUCUUUGACGCCUGACGAUGCUCUAGUGUAUAAACUUAGAGCUGAGGUUCGUGGUAAAAUAGGUCUGACUGAGGAAGCUGUGGCUGACUAUAUUCAAGCACUCAACCUUCAAGAAUAUGCCUCAGGGAUAUGAUUACAGGGACCAUG